AUGGCCCAUACUGAUUCAAACCAAAGUUCCAAUCUCAUUUCAAAUGAAGCCCUUCUUGAUCCUAACCAAAGUUCCAAUCUCAAAUCAAAUGAAAUUCUUCUUGAUCCUACUCAACCAAGCAAUCCUUAUUAUAUAGGAGCAAAUGACAAUUUCGGAACUCUACUGGUUAAUCAACCACUUGAUUCUAACAACUAUUAUGUAUGGGCAAGAUCUAUGAAGCGAGCACUGCGGAUCAAGAACAAGUUAGGCUUCAUCGAUGGAAGUAUCACUGAACCUGUAGAUCCAAACAACAAACUCAUGGAGCAUUGGCUUAGAUGCAAUGACAUUAUAAUCACAUGGCUCCAAAACACACUCUCUAUAGAUAUCAAAUCUAGUACUCUUUAUGCCGACACUGUACGAGAAUUAUGGAUUGAAUUAGAGCAUCGCCAUGCUCAACAAAAUGCUCCAAGGAUAUAUGAAUUGAAGCAAGGGAUAGUCAAUCUUCUACAAGGAAAUGACACUAUGAGUGUCUAUUUUUCUAAGUUGAAGGCUUUGUUUGAUGAAUUGCUCAACUAUGAAUCAUUUCCAAAUUGUAGCUGUGGUGGCUUGAAGGCUAUUGUGGAACAUCAACAGAGGGACUGGGUUAUAAAAUUUCUCAUGGGACUCAAUGGGUCAUAUAAAGAAUUGAAAGCACAAAUCUUAUUGAUAAAGCCUUCUCCCAGUCUUAAUGAAGUUUACUCUAUCAUACAGCAGGAAGAAAACGACGAGAGAUAUCAUCUACUGAACCAAAUAAUUAAUCUCUUGCUUUACUUGUGA